GUGGCGUCACCGCAGUCACAACCAGGAAGAGUCCGUCUGUCCACCGUCCACCUCGGUCCCCCUACCGGGACCUGCCCUCUGCGCGCCGCUCUGAGGACAGCUAAACCCGGACCCGAACGGGCAGUGGCAUCGACGGAGAGUCCCGGAGCAUCUGAGGGGUCUGUGCCUGGAAAAAAGGCCCUUCGCACGGCCUCCUAGAGCAGCUGGUGCCCUGGUGUGGAUCGCUUUGCUUCGGAUCUCCAGCUAACGUGGAUCUUAUCUUUGUGUGUUAUGGAGUGCACAGGUGGGAGCUGACUCCUCUGUGACCCCUGACCCCGGGCCAUGGCUCCACUUCCUCCUGGAAUCCGCUUCCUGGUCUCUUUUAACAGAGACCAAUGGUACCGUGCUCUGACCUUCUGCCUGACCUUCCUGCUCUACACCAGCUUCCACCUGUCCAGGAAACCCAUCAGCAUCGUCAAGAGUGAGCUCCAUAAGAACUGCUCCUCUCUGAGUGAGACAUGGACCUCGAGCGGCACCCCCUCCUCUGUAGCCACACUGCCCCCAGACCACUGCAGCUGGAAGCCUUUUGAUAAGAGUAACUACAAGCAGCUGCUAGGGGCCAUGGACUACUCGUUCCUGUGUGCCUACGCUGUGGGCAUGUAUCUCAGUGGUAUCAUUGGUGAGCGAGUGCCCAUCCGCCUCUACCUGAGUGUGGGCAUGUGGUGCAGCGGUCUCUUCACCUGUCUCUUUGGUUUAGGGUACUUCUACAACAUCCACAGCCUCAGCUUCUACAUCACUGUGCAGGUGGCUAACGGCCUGGUGCAGACCACGGGCUGGCCUAGUGUGGUCACCUGCAUUGGGAACUGGUUCGGAAAAGGACGCCGUGGUCUGAUCAUGGGCCUGUGGAACUCUCACACCUCGGUGGGGAACAUUCUGGGCUCACUAAUCGCCGGUUACUGGGUCUCCUCACACUGGGGCCUGUCCUUCCUCGUCCCUGGACUCAUCGUUGCUGCCAUGGGCCUGGUCUGCUUCCUCUUCCUAGUCGAGCAUCCAAAUGAUUUGAAGACUACGUCCGCGGGAAAAGUGAGCCAGUGGAAUGGAGCUUCAUCAGACUUCAGGCCUCAGUACAAAGAAGGCAAACCACAGAGCUGUGACACGGAGCUGCUGCUGCCCCGGGACAGCGAGUGCGUCCAGGUGCAGCCCGUGGUGGUGGUCAAGAGCCAAUCAGAGCCCUCUGCUAUCAGUUUCAUGGGAGCACUGCGCAUACCGGGCGUUGUGGAGUUUUCCCUCUGUCUACUUUUCGCCAAACUGGUCAGCUACACCUUUCUGUUCUGGCUGCCCCUCUACAUGACCAAAGCAGCUCACCUGGACGCCAAGCGAGCAGGAGACUUGUCCACUCUGUUUGACGUGGGAGGGAUCAUAGGAGGGGUCUUGGCUGGGGUGGUCUCUGACAAACUGGACAAAAGGGCCACCACCUGUGCUGUGAUGCUGCUGUUGGCCGCUCCCACUCUCUACGGCUUCUCCAUGAUCAGUCAGUUUGGAAUGGGCCCGACCAUAGGCAUGCUGCUGGUGUGUGGAGGCCUGGUGAACGGGCCCUACGCUCUCAUCACUACUGCCGUCUCUGCAGAUCUGGGCACACACAAGAGCCUGAAGGGAAACUCCAGGGCCCUGUCCACUGUCACAGCCAUCAUCGACGGGACAGGCUCCGUGGGAGCUGCACUCGGCCCCUUACUGGCCGGACUGCUUUCUACAAGAGGAUGGGACCAGGUCUUCUACAUGCUCAUGACAGCAGACUUCUUAGCUCUCCUGCUGCUGCUCCGGCUGGUCACCAAAGAGCUGAGCUGCAGUCAGUCCAGACCCAUCACCGCUGUCCAGUUGAAGGAGCACUGAGGACAACCAUGGGAAAGCUGCGUCAGAAGAACAUGCUCCUAUUGACUGUGGAACCUGAGGAACAUAUGAAAAACAUACUCUUCCUGAUUGUUCUGCCUGAAGAACACCUCAGGAACAUAGGAACAUGCUCGUUUUACCUCUUUAUAUCCUGACUGUGGAACUUGAGGAACAUCUGAUGAACAUGCUUCUCCCUAUUGUGCUGAUUGAAGAACAUCUCAGGAACAUAUGAAGAACAUGCUCCACCUGACCUCUUCACAUCCUAACUGGCGUCUGAGGAACAUCAGAGGAACAUGCUUCUUCUAACCUCUACAUCCAAAGAAUAUGUUCUAGAGGCUCAUUUAUGCUCCACUUUCGUACAUAAAUAGAUCAGUGUGUUCCGAUUAUAGUAACUGUUACUGAAUUUAUACUUCCAAAUGUUUCUAAUAUCUAGUCUGUGUUCUCUUAAACCGCCACCAGAAUGUGCUCAAGUAAAGACUUGACCAACACGAAAAGACCAGAUUAAUUCUAAAAUUUCGAUACUAAAUGGACAUGGCUAACUCACUAGCCUCCAUUUUGCAAAUAGAACAUGGAUUCUAGCUCCAGUUCACUUUGUACUGAACAACCGUCGCCCUUCUCUCUGUAACUGCUGCUGUCACGCUCAUCAUUUUAGUCUUUAAAAUGUUUGUUUUAGCCCACUCUACAUGGUCCUUUGCCUUUCAAAUCCAGGAGUGAUAUCUGUCUGUAUUGUUUAUACAGAUUAAUAUCAGUCUGGUCCCCGCGUCCUCCGUUGCGCCCCAAGCUCGGUCAAACGUGAUGACAUCAGGUUAUUCUUUUUUUCAUUGACACAUGUGAAACGGAGGAGCUCAUUGGUCACCUAUGAUUUACAAAUAAAAUCAAAUUUAGUUUAGUGCUUCGCCCAUUGAUUCUGCAGAAAUCCACAAUGUUUUUCAGCCCCCUGUGAUUUUUUUUUUUCCUUUAUUUUUUCUAAUACGGACUAUUGGCUAACCCACCUCUCAAUCACGGCCAUUUGAAAAGAGGAGGAGAUUCACCGGUGACCAGACUCACUUCUUCGUAAAGUAUUGAAUAAGUGUGCCUUUGGGAUCCCAGGCAACAUGAGCCUGGUGUUUUUUUUUCACUAUGUCGUCCCUGAAUAAGGAUAUGAACAUUAAUAACAGACCAAUUCGGUGCCUGCUUUUCCAGGUUGAUUGACAGCCUCAUUGCUAAGCUCCUGCCCCUUGCCAAACAGCAGUGUUGGCGGUGGGGGCGUGUAGCUUCAAUAGUCUCGCUCCUGAUUGGCUCUUUGGUUUUCCAAUAUUGUCCAUAGUUCCAGAUUAUAUAUUAUUCCGCUAUAACCGAACUCUAUGGGUGACGUCACACCCUCUCAGGUACUCUUCUAUUAUAAAGUCUAUGGUCUAGUUGUAGAUUAAUGAGCAAUGUCGGUAAAGCCUUUUGUAUUUUAUUUUUCACAAAAAUCCAUAGCAGCUGCUGUUAUAUCAUCAUUAAUGAAAUGGAUCCAGAUAUAUUGUGUGACCUCAAAUUGUGUUUAAAGUGGUGGGGUGUUAAGUACCUAUCAGGUGAAGAGGCCAUGGCUGUGUUCACUGCAGUUCCUAGCAGCCAGUACAUGUACAGCUCCUUUGCUAAGAUUCCACAUGUUCAGAGAUGGACCAAAUGACGCACAGGCAAACACAGAGGACAGACAGAAGCCUGCAUAUGUAUCUGUAUACAUCUAGAAUGUAGCACAUAAAUGAGCUUAUAAGAACAUGUUCUUUUCUGUUACACCGAAUGAACAUAUGAAAAACAUGCUCCUCCUGAUUGUGGGACCUGAGGAACAUUUGAGGAACAUGGUCCCCCUGACUGUCCUAUAUAUAUAUAAAACAUCUAAGGAACAUGUUCUUCUUUACUGCUCUACCAGAAGAAUACUGGGGGGAAAGGCUCCUCCUGACUGUUUUUCAUAAAAAAAAUAUAUGUCAAACAUGUUCUGUGCCUUCCAUAAAUCUUUCUCCUGCCCUCAUUGGACCUUCAGAUGGUAGCUAUAAUGUACCACUGCCUUAAGUUGCACCAAAGAGAUUCUGCUCACAUUGUUUAGAUAUUUGUUCUUCUAGUUCUUGUGUCUUCUCUGAACUGGAUAAGCUGCGUUUCUGAAAUGAAGUAACAGAAUGGACCUAUGCUGGGAGGGCAUCUGAGUCUGCUGAUGUAUUUAUGAACAUAAUUUAUUGAUCUGUGUGUUGAUUAUUUAUGGAAUCCUGUGCCUUUUGAUUUGUUUUGGAUCAAAAUGGAAUAAAAUAUGUUUUUUUUCUUGAGGC